AUGGCUACAGUUACGAUAGCCGGUGACAAGUUAUUUAUUUGUCCCGGAUGCCAGAGAGGCGGCUUCAAAAGUCUCGGUGCCGUCAAAGCCCAUUUUGAGUCUAAAGGUCACAAAAUUUCUUGCAUACCAUGCGACAGAUCUUUCGGCAAUAUCACCGCCUUGCUGAAACACUCCCAAAAGCAUGAAAAGCCCCUAGAUGGUCCCGAUCUCAAGUCUCUCAAGCCAGCAAAACAAGCCCAAAAGAGCGCGAAAUAUGAGAACCCCGAGGAUUUUACUGAAUUGUUUUCUGUGGAAGCGGAACCAGUCCCAAAGAGCAAGAAAUCCAAGAAAUUCAAGAAAUCCCAGGAUCCUACUGAACCCAUAUCUUUGGAACCUGUGGAACCAGCCCCAACGAGCAAGAAGUCUAAGAAGUCCCAAGACCAUGCCGAUCCUGUCUCUAUCAAGCCAGCAAAGCCAACUCCGAAGAACACAAAGCCUGAGAAACCCCAGGAUCGUGCUGAGGUCUUAUCUACCAAGCCUGUGGAACCUGCUCCGAAGGCUAAGAAGUCUAAGAAGUCCAAGGACCGGUCAGAGCUCCUGCCUGUCAAGUCUGCGGAAGCUGUUCCAAAGCCUGUAUCAACUGAGAUAUCAUCACGUCUUCCACCGCAAAGGCCAGAGGCUCCUAGGGACCCAUGGGAUGCGACAAGCACCCCUACCCCAAACGCAAAUUACCAUGUCACCCUUGAACCGCUCGAGCAAAACCUGAUAUUCCGCUAUCUAGCGGCGCGCUGCCAUUCAGAUACCCGUCUAGCUACACGAGGCUUCGUCCUUAGGGCUGGCUUGGCCGAAAAGAACAAACGUCCGUCGAGGAGGCCUCCUCCCAAAACAGGGCAUUUCCGCCAAGUGCCUCGCUCUUCGGACGGCUUGCCGAGAAGACGCGCAAUCGUCCUUGACUGCGAGAUGGUGCAAGUGGAAGCUGGGCGUCGAGAGCUUGCCUUCCUAACUGCAAUUGACUUUUUGACUGGCGAGGUGCUCAUCGACAACUAUGUGCAGCCGAAAUCGAAAGUUGUGAACUGGGAUUCGCGAUUCAGCGGGGUCACUUGUCUUGCCAUGAACAAAGCUGUCAAGAAAGGGACGGCGUUGAAUGGCUGGGAAGGAGCACGCUCGAAGUUAUGGCAGUUCAUGGAUAGCGAGACUGUUCUUAUCGGUCACUCUCUCAACAAUGAUCUCGAUGUCUUGGGUAUCAUUCACUGGAAUAUUGUCGAUUCUUCCAUCAUCACCAGCGAAGCGGUCUUUUAUACUGUACACGCAACUGAGUCGCUCAACCGCACAUGGAGUCUGAAGACUCUUGCUAGUGAAUUGGUCAACUACGAUAUUCAAGCUGGAAAACAGGGCCACAGUGCCCUUGAAGAUGCACAUGCAACACGAGAUAUCGUCAUUUGGUGUCUGAGAUACCCGGAGCACUUGAAGGUGUGGGCGGACAAUGCCCGGGAACAGGAAGCCGUGCGCGUGUACGAGAGGGAGUUGAAGAAGGCCACGGAGGAGGAGGCGAAGGAACAAAAGAGAAAGAACGAGAUGGAGUUCAAGUUCCAAAUGAUAUCCCGCGACCUUCCUGGUCUGGAUAUUUAUGACAUUGGUCUAUCUGAUGAUGAGCCAAUUAAUACUACUGAUUCUUCGGACGAAGAUGUCGGUGAUGAGGACCUUCGAUACGAGCGUGUGAGCAUUGAAGCGGCGGCCGCUUCAUUCUUUUGA